AUGCGGUUAGCUGGCCGGUUGUUGGUGGAGCUAAGAAAAUUGGUCGCAGAUACUGGUAAUGAAAAACACAUGUCUAUGUGGGAUUUUAUAAAACCAGAAUUUUUCGAUAUCAUGGCCCAAGCUGCAUUAGAAGUUGCUAUACCACUGAUUGAUGAUGAAGAUGAAAUAAAAUCUCCAUCAAAUUGCUUGAAACUGAAAUAUGACAUUCUGAGAUUGACAAAGUUUAAGUGGAGCUUUGUUGUUAAAGGCACAGAACAAAACGAUAAGGAAAGAAAAGACUGUAAAACGUUUUUACAUCUGAUGUCACUUGAAUUCAAAACAAAAGUCACCAAAUUGGCGUACACAGUUCUAAUGAAGAGACAAUUUACGAAAAGCAAAGAUAUUCCAGCACCGUCAGAUAUUGAAAUUCUAAAUAAGCAUCUCAUUAGCGAACUAUCAACAUGUUCCUUGAAUUCUUCAAAAGAAAACUUAUUUCAUAUUGUAAAAUUCCUGCAAUGCAGACUCUUAUCUUACAACAAAAGGCGGUCUGGUGAAAUCGAUGCCAUCAGAAAACCUUUAGAAUUUAUCGUUAAUGCUGAUGUUCGUGAAAAAGCUGGAGUAAACAAAGAUAACAGAUUUCUCUUUCCAAAUUCAGUAAAUGGAGCUAUGAGAAGUUGUGAAUCAUUGAAAAAUAUAUGCUCAGAUUUAAAUCUUAAAAACCCAGAAAACAUUACAAGUGUUUCAAUGCGAAAAUACACUUCAACACUUACACAGGUUAUGGAUUUGAAAAACAACCAAAUGGAUUGGCUUUGUAAGAAUCUUGGACAGGCAAUUGUCUUUACAACACAUAUAAUUAUUAAAAAAUACAAAAAAAAAUUAAUGAAUUAG